UAUAUUAUUAUUUAGCAGAAAAAGAAAAAGAAAGAAAAGGGCGGGCACUCGCAAUCACAAGAGAGAGAAGGAAGAUGAAGAAGUAACUGAUUGUAGAGUUUUGUUAUUCCAAACACCAAAGAGAUGAUUGGAAAAUCGAAAUAGAGAAACUGCGCCUGAAAAGAAUGGAUUUUGAAGACGACUGGGGUUUAAGUGUCGAAGAGCUCGACUCUCUCGAGAAGGACGCUUACAUGAAAAUCGCUCAACAACAACGACAACAACAAAACCGACAUUUUCAUUCUCUUUCUAAGAAGGUGCAGUCUUCGCCUUCCCAACCCACAACCUUACUUACUCCAAUUGCACCAAAAGCAAACCCUGAACACGAAAGCUCAAAGAUUUUACCAAAACUCUCUGUCAAAUUUAUUCUUCAUGCCACUGGCAAUAUUGCUGCUAAAUUUUCAUAUGACCCGGUACUAGUAGCUGCUAUCCGCAAAGUCCCUAAAGCCACUUGGGAUGCAAAAGAAAGGUCCUCUUCUGCAUUAUGGAUUUUUCCAAUGUCUUCUUUGUCAUCAGCAGAAAAAAUUCUGAAUGAAACUUCUGGUUUUAGUGUUGAGGUAGAAAACUUAGAUCCCUUGGUGCAACGUGCUGUGGCUGCUGCUUCUGCUGUUCCAGAUCUUCAAGACUGGUAUGUAAAGGUACCCGAUUAUAUUGAGUCAAAGCUUCUAUCUUUUCAGCGGGAUGGUGUUAGGUUUGUGUUGCAGCACGGAGGUCGUGCGCUCAUAGCAGAUGAAAUGGGACUAGGAAAGACUUUACAGGCUAUUGCUGUGACUGCAUGCCUUCGUGAUUUCUGGCCUGUUCUUAUUCUCACUCCAUCUUCCCUUCGUCUGCAUUGGGCUUCUAUGAUUCAACAAUGGCUGCAUAUUCCUUCAUCAGAUAUACUUGUUGUAUUAUCACAAUGGAGUGGAUCAAACAGAGGUGGAUUCACCAUAGUAUCGUCAAAUACCAAGGGCAGUAUUCAUCUUGAUGGUCUAUUCAACAUCAUCUCUUAUGACGUGGUCCCAAAAUUACAGAAUGUUCUAAUGGCAUCAGAAUUCAAGGUUGUGAUUGCAGAUGAGUCACACUUUAUGAAAAAUGCUCAAGCGAAGAGGACAACUGCCUCUCUUCCUGUUAUAAAGAAAGCUCAAUAUGCCGUAUUGCUUAGCGGAACUCCUGCUUUGUCCAGACCAAUAGAGCUAUUCAAACAACUGGAAGCUUUAUAUCCUGAUGUAUACAGGAAUGUUCAUGAAUAUGGCAAUCGAUAUUGCAGGGGGGGAAUUUUUGGAGUAUAUCAAGGUGCAAGUAACCAUGAAGAGUUGCACAAUUUGAUGAAGGCAACAGUGAUGAUCCGCAGACUUAAAAAGGAUGUUCUUGCGGAGCUCCCUCUAAAGCGUCGGCAGCAAGUCUUCUUAGAUUUGGCUGAAAAGGACAUGAAAAAAAUCAAUGCUUUAUUUCGGGAGUUGGAGGUGGUAAAAGGGAAAAUUAAGGCGUGUUCAUCUGCUGAGGAGGUUGAAUCACUCAAAUUUUCCGAGAAGAAUAUUAUUAAUAAGAUAUAUACCGACUCUGCAGAAGCCAAGAUCCCUGGGGUCCUAGAUUAUCUGGCAACUGUCAUUGAGGCAGGCUGCAAAUUUCUAAUCUUUGCUCAUCAUCAACCCAUGAUUGAUUCUAUACAUGAGUUUCUUGUUAAAAAGAAAGUGGGUUGUAUUCGAAUUGAUGGCAGAACUCCUCCAGUAUCAAGGCAAUCGUUAGUUACUGAUUUCCAGGAAAAGGAUGCUAUAAAGGCUGCAGUGCUUUCUAUCAAAGCUGGAGGUGUUGGAUUAACUUUAACAGCUGCAAGCACAGUUAUUUUUGCCGAAUUGUCUUGGACUCCAGGUGAUCUAAUUCAAGCGGAAGAUAGGGCUCACAGGAUUGGCCAGGUUUCUUCAGUCAAUAUAUAUUACCUACUAGCAAAUGACACUGUCGAUGACAUCAUAUGGGAUGUUGUUCAGAGCAAGUUGGAAAACUUGGGACAGAUGCUUGAUGGGCAUGAGAAUGCUUUAGAAGUUUCAGCCAGCCAGCAGAGAAGCAGCCCUGCAAAGCAGAAAACACUUGACUCGUUUUUGAAGCGGUGUAGCAAUAUGGAUGAGUUGGAACAGCAGACCAAGCUCAAAUGCCCUAGGCACUGAGAGACUUGCAGGUGUUUUGUGCUUGCCUGGAUUUCCUCUUUGAUAAAACAAAAAGAGUUUUGCAGGUGUCAUAUUUAAAACCUGUGAUGACACCAUAUCAACCAAUGUGAACCAGUUUAUAAAGGUUACAUAAUUUAGUGUUGGUGUUGUUGGACCAUAAAGAGUUGUCUCUCAUUUUGUCAUCUAACAUUAGGUUGAGAUGGUGCCAGUGGAGUAUUUGCAUAUCCUUUUGAGGAUCCACGAGGAACAACUUCUGGUGCUGAAUCAGACGAGCAACUACUGGCUCUGUGUUUAGAUUUUCUCAGUAUAGAUGUCACUGCAGGAAUUGGAGGAUGCUUCUCAAAUAAGUUCUGAAGCAUUUUGUUGGAAGUAGUCUCCAGUAGGCUUAUCUGUAAAGGAAUCACUCUGUGUAUAUUAAAUUAAUGCAGUCAGAAGCAAAGCUAAAGUGUAGUGUAUUGGUUGAGAA